GCAUAAGAUAUAUAAUGAUUCAUGACAAGUGUACAACAAGUGUACUCUCUUUGAAAGUUCGUGAACACAAAAACGCACAUUUUUAUCCGAUUUUCGAUCAAUAUAUAUUACAUCUGUUGCUAAAGCUGAUAUUUUUUACUGCAAUCAUCGCGUGCUAUACUCACAUACGAGAGACGUGAGCCCCCUCAAUACACUCAUAUUCUCAAUAAUGGCGUCUCCUCGGCCCAAAUCACCACGAAUUCCGAUCACGAAAAAAGAGGACAAGGAGGAGAGCUUUUGGGAUAAAAUCGGAACACUCGGACGGAAGAAACGUAUUAAGGAAGUACAAGAUGUUCAAGAAGAAGGAAAAUAUGCGAUUGAUUCACCUGGAUAUGCUGCUAAUCCUGAUAUGCCACCAGAGGAGUAUGCUCUUGAUGAGAAUGAAGAACGUUCCAUGAUAGAACCAAAAUCUUUGGAAGAUCCUAAACUGCAAGAAUUGAUAUCUAUUUUAAUCGAAUGGAUCAAUGACGAAUUGGCUGAUCAGCGAAUUAUUGUGAAGGAUAUUGUUGAAGAUCUUUAUGAUGGACAAGUGCUACAAAAACUAUUAGAAAAAUUGACUGGAGAGAAACUGGAUGUACCUGAAGUAACUCAAUCCGAGGAAGGACAGAAACAAAAACUCACUGUUGUCUUGUCCGCCGCUAAUCGGGUAUUGGGACGAUAUCCGCCUUAUAAAUGGAGCGUGGAAUCUAUACAUUCGAAGAAUAUCGUCGCAAUUUUGCACCUACUAGUUGGUCUAGCUCGGUUGUUUCGCGCUCCCGUUAGAUUGCCAGAAAGAGUUAUCGCAGAAGUAGUUGUGGUACGUAAAAAGGAUGGCCAGCUUAUACACAGAACGGUGAGAGAAGAAUUAACAACAACGUAUGACGAUUUGGGUAUGCGUUGUGAACGCGACGCAUUCGAUACUCUUUUCGACCAUGCACCCGAUAAAUUGGCUGUUGUGAAAAAAUCUUUGGUAACAUUCGUAAAUAAACACUUGAACAAAGUACAUUUGGAAGUGACUGAUCUGGAUACUCAAUUCCACGAUGGUGUCUUCCUGACUCUGCUACUUGGUCUUUUAGAAGGCUUUUUUGUCCCAUUAGGUAGCUUUCAUUUAACACCAAAGACCAUUGACCAGAAAGUUCAUAAUGUUUCAUUUGCAUUUGAUAUUAUGCGAGACAUUGGACUACCAAAACCCAAAGCUCGUCCUGAAGAUAUUGUAAAUUUGGAUCUGAAAUCUAUCCUCCGUGUAUUGUAUAAUCUCUUCACCAAAUAUAAGGGGAUAAAUUAAAAGGGAAUUGUGUCAACAUGAUCGUACCUGUCGCCGUCGCUUCAAGCUCCAAGAUGAUCGAUCGGGCAACACACAAUCACACAUACGUGACAGCUGUCCCUAUUGUUUUUCAUUUUGUUCGACGAAAGUGCAUUUUGCAUUCGUGCACGAGACGCAAUUCGAUGUGGAUCAUUGUCAAUGAAUAUCGCCUGAUACUGUAGUAAAUAUACGUAAAUAGCUGAUGUAUAUCGAUCGAUAAUGCACGCCAGUGUAGAAAUAAUUUUAGAAUCCUAUAUAUUUUUAUUCCUUUUUUUCUCACGUUUUAUUUUUCUUUCUCUUUAUAUCGAUCGUAAUAACAUCGAUUGCUAGAAUCACGUUUCACUUGCAAUCUCUUUCUAUGCUAAUCUCUAUAAAUUGAGAUUAAUAAUACAAUGAAAUUAACAUGAUAUCGAAUAUAGAAUAUGAAAAGUUA